CCGGAGCGAUAUGCGAGCCUUGACUGCGAGGCCUAAUGGGAGAUGAUCGCGCGAAACUCCAUCAACGCUUCAUAACAGCGUCCAGCAACCCUUCGCGUGGGAAAGGUUGCCAUAGGAGGACUGCAUGGCUGUUGACGAACGGCUGUUUGCACAAGCCAUGGAACUGACCCAAGUCCUGAAAGCCCAUCAUGUUCUUCCGCCAGACAGGAGGAGAAGGCCUCGAGAAAACGAUGGAGGCACACGGAUAGCCGCGCAGUGUCGACCCCCAAGCCAAGCGAAUUUUGCCUAUUUGGACCAAGUUAGAGGACAUAUUGAGCGCGGCAGGAUGUCGGUAGGCUCAAUGGUUGCUUGCCGACAAGAUGUGUCGACCUUGAGAGAUGUUGACAUCGGGCUCAUUUUGCUCCACAAGGUCCUAGACUUUUCUUGGCGGCGAGCCGCUGCGUCCUUGCCGCCAUGCUGCCAAUCCACCUAUCCGUCGAAAUCUAGAACAGCACUGCAUCGAGCGAGCCCGUCCGCAGCCGACACUGUCGCUUCCAGUCUUAAGCAGUGCCCGCGAUGGCGUCCCGCGUUGUCGGCAGCUUGGCGAACAUAGGUUCCCGGGGCCCUGGAAAAGAGUUCUGGUCUGCCGUCGAGGCUAGAGAUGUUCGCGUCGAGUAUGCAAGGGUGUGCAAGCAAUAAUCUGGGAACGAAGUCGAGUAGUGACGGUAGCGCACACUCCGCUUGUCUUGCAUGCAGUACGCAAAAAUUCAGUUGUGGCCUUUCCCAGAUUGAGCCAUGCAGCUCACGGGCAGCCCCCCGCUC